UACACUUCUCACACUGAACAACAAGUUUCACACAAACGUCUCACUAUAUAUCAACUCUAGCUGGAUUUCAACACACAGUCGGUCAGACUAGAGGAAGUUCACAAACACAGGAGGAGCUGAUAGUGUUUAGAGGAAGAGCUGUAACUAUAUAUAAUGAAGAGAAAGACGGACAGAAACAGAAAAUGGCUAAUAAGUGUGAUCUGUGUCUGCUGGGACUGAUCAUUCUCUCUUCACUUCUCACAGGUACCAGUGGAGUGAAUGAUGAGAAUGUGUUCAUCAGUUCUGGUGAAAAUGUCCGUCUGCCCUGUAAUAAUGCUCUUUCUGACUGUACAUCAUCAACUACAUGGAUCUACUAUAACAGUGUCAGACAUUCAGUAGCAGUUGAACUGAUUACUAAAGGGAUAAAGAAGAAAGACACAGAGAGACAUGAGAGACUGAGUCUGGGGUCUGACUGCUCUCUGAACAUCAAGAACGUCACAGAAGAAGAUUCUGGAUUUUACAGCUGCCAACAAUGGACAGGUCCAAAAAGAGACCAAAAACAAGGACCUGAUGCACGUGUUUCUCUGCAUGUUCUUCAUGCUGAAGAUGAUUCAACGACAGCAGUGAUUCCAGUCCACAUCACAAACUCAACUAGAAACACACCAGAAACUACAGCUCAAGAUGAUACAAGAACAGCAGUCACAAACUCAACUACAAACACACAAGUCGCAGUGAUUUCUGUCGCUGCAGUCGCUGUUUUCCUUCUUGCUGUUCUCUGGCUGAUCUGCAGAAAAACAGCUGAUAGUAAAAGAGGGACAGUCGACUCUGCGGUCAAAGAUGAGAAUGAACAUAAAGGGACGUAUGAGACGAUCAACACGUCCAUUCCUCCUGCUGCCAGAGCCAAUGAGCAGACAGAUGAUCAUGUGACUUAUUCUGAGGUCACUUUCUCCAAUAAAAAGCCAGUAAAAUCAGUGGAUGAUCAUAUUGAUACAGUGACUUAUGCUGCCAUCAGAUGAACAGAAGAUGAACCGCAGGAUGAACUUUAUUCUCUGUCAACAAGAAGAAGACCUUCACAAAUAAACAUUAAUGACACAGAUCAUGAGCUCAACAUAUCAGGAGCAGACGGGACGUUUGGAAGAAUUGUACUGUGUAUUUCAAUGUGAACAAGCAGAUAUUUGUUGAAUGUCCCGUAAAUAUAUAAAUGAGGUUUAUUGUGAAUCAUCAUCUGGUCUGAGAAUCUCAUCUACACUAUAUUGCCAAAAGUUUUGGGACGCCUGCCUUUACAUGCACAUGAACUUUAAUGACAUCCCAUUCUUAAUCCGUAGUGUUUAAUAUGGAGUUGACCCACCCUUUGCAGCUAUAACAGCUUCAACUCUUCUGGGAAGGCUUUCCACAAGGUUUAGGAGUGUGUUUAUGGGAAUUUUUGACCAUUCUAGAAGCACAUUUGUGAGGUCAGGCACUGAUGUUGGCGAGAAGGCCUGGCUCACAGUCUCCGCUCUAAUUCAUCCCAAAGGUGUUCAAUCGGGUUGAGGUCAGGACUCUGUGCAGGCCAGUCAAGUUGCUCCACACCAAACUCGCUCAUCCAUGUCUUUAUGGACCUUUCUUUGUGCACUGGUGCGCAGUCAUGCUGGAACAGGCAGGGGCCAUCCCCAAACUGUUCCCACAAAGAUGGGAGCAUGAAAUUGUCCAAAAUGUCUUCGUAUGCUGAAGCAUUAAGAGUUCCUUUCACUGGAACUAAGGGUCAAGCCCAACCCCUGAAAAACAACCUCACACCAUAAUCCCCCCUCCACCAAACUUUACACUUGGCACAAACAGUCAGGCAAGUACCGUUUUCCCGGCAACCACCAAACCCAGACUCGUCCAUCGGAUUGCCAGACAGAGAAGCGUGAUUGGUCACUCCAGAGAACACGUCUCCACUGCUCUACAGUCCAGUGGCGGCGUGCUUUACACCACUGCAUCCGACGCUUUGCAUUGCACUUGGUGAUGUAAGGCUUGGAUGCAGCUCAGCCAUGGAAACCCAUUCCAUGAAGCUCUCUACGCACUGUUCUUGAGCUAAUCUGAAGGCCAUACGAAGUUUGGAGGUCUGUAGCUACUGACUCUGCAGAAAGUUGGCGACUUCUGCGCACUGUGUUCCUCAGCAUGCGCUGACCCCGCUCUGUGAUUUUAUGUGGCCUACCACUUAGUGGCUGAGUUGCUGUUGUUCCCAAUUGCUUCCACUUUGUUAAUGUAUCACUAACAGUUGACCAUGGAAUAUUUAGUAGUGAGGAAAUGCCCCCCCAUAUUUUUCCCGGUGUGAUCCGUCAGCUCCAGUUGACGUUUUCCCACGUUCAUUUCCCACGUUCCCCUCCGUCUCGCACACAGUUGAACGUGCAAGUCUUUCAAAGACACUCCUUUGCCCCCUGAGCGCGCAGGCCUUUCAAAGAUACUCCUUUAAGCGCGUGCACCGUCCAUGGUCAUAAAAAUUCGGCUGCACACGGCCACUGUUCAGAGAGUCAAAGCUAGUCCACAGUCUAGUAAACAUUUCUUGCUUGUGCUGACUGAAAACACAUGAGAAACAUCAUGAGACAGGAGAGACUCGGACAUUGCAGUACUGAACACUGAACAGUCCAUGCAUGUGGAUUUGGAUAAAAUUAAAUUAAUCAAUUUGAUUCCAUGCCCUAUAACGUCGUUUAUCCCUUCACAGUGGCAUAUAGCGGACGGGCAUGCAGGGCUAUUAAAUUAUUUUUCUUAUUAUCAUGCUACUUUUAUUAUUAAAUAAAUAUUGCAAUUCAUUUGCCCCACAAUAUCAUAGCGCUUCACCGCAUAACCGACGCACAGCGAGGACAAUAAAAUAUUAGUUAGAUAGCUCCUCAUUUAAAGAACUUGUUUAACACGAAAUACUUCUCGAUUCACGGAAAAUACUUUUUUUUCCUCACUAUGGGCCACAAGAGAAAUAUUAAGAAAAUAAAUUAGAUUAAUUUCUCAUCGUCUCUAAGAGAACAUGCGCCGUUAAUGCAGCGUCGGAUGCCAAAUGCUCAGUCCAUUUUUACUUUCAGAUUCUGUAGUGAAUAACUGACUGGAGUUUGAGACUUCUUCACCCGUUUGCACAUUGUUUGUGUGAUAUCAACGGGCUCACCUUCAUGGUUUAAAAUGGAAAUAUUUUUAAUAUUGCGACGUGGCAUUUUUCUUUAUCACCAGUUGCUCGCAAAAUGAUGGACACUGAUUCACAUAUCGUCCACGUGAUUGAAACACCUGAAUUCAAUGAUUUGGAGGGGUGUCCCAAUACUUUUGGCAAUAUAGUGUACAUAUAGAAUGCUGCAUUAAACAAUAUUGGUCAGGAAAAAAAUAAAUAAAUAUAAAAAUAAAUCAACUCCAUAGCGGAAGUGAUCAAGGGCUUUGGAUAUUCCAGUUCAGCCCAUUGCAAAGGUUCCUCCAGUAGUGGGCAGUCAUGCAACUUAUCUCCCGGACAUCCUGUAGAAUUCGACUUCAAAAAUCCUGAAGUGUUUCCAGUUAAAGGGUUAGUUCACCCAAAUUUAUGUCAUUAAUUACUCACCCUCAUGUCAUUCCACACCCGUAAAGCCCGGGAUACACUGCACGAUUUUAGCAAUCCUAUAAGAUCAUUACAAAUCACACUGUGCGACAUGGAUCUAUUAAACUUGGGUACGACAAGCAUAGACUGCACGAUGAUGACACCUGUUGACUCGUAGGCUACGAUGCAAGUUUCUAUAGAAGAUUAAAAUGUCAUCAGCAUGUGCUAAUGGUAAACAAAAAGACCAUGUUGAAUCACGUUGGCAGUUGUAGUUUUUAUGUGUGCUGAAAAAAAAAAAGGAAGCGGUGAAAGAAGAAGGGAAAAGAGCUUUAAGUAAGCAGUUUUAAAUUUUAAUGCUUUGGUCGCAAGACCGGGAAAACGGCCGUCUUUAAACCUCUCUCACUGUACGACCUAGGACCACCGAUUAAGAGCCACAGUCACAGAAAUCGCCAGGAUUGUUUCACGAUGACAAUCUUUCGUCUGGGACAGCCAAAAAUCGUGCAGUGUAUCCUGGGCUUAAGACCUUCGUUCAUCUUCAGAACACAAAUUAAGAUAUUUUUGAUGAAAUCCGAUGGCUCAGUGAGGCCUCUAUUGCCAGCAAUGUCAUUGAACCUCUCAAGAUCCAGAAAGGUACUAAAAACUUAUUUAAAACAGUUCAUGUGAGUACAGUUGUUCAACCUUAAUAUUAUAAAGCGACAAGAAUACUUUUUGUGCACCAAAAAAAAUAGUGACUUUUCAACAAUUUCUAGUGAUGGCCGAUUUCAAAACACUGCUUCGAAGCUUUACGAAUCUUUUGUUUCGAAUCAGUGGUUCAGAGCGCCAAAGUCACGUGAUUUACAAUAUUAAGGUAGAACGACUGUACUCACAUGAACUGUUUUAAAUAUGUAUUUAGUACAUUUUUGGAUCUUGAGAGGUUCAGAAGCAGCAGAAAAUAUGUCAUAUCACUGUCCCACUCUAAAAAGAAACAAAAACGUGAUUUUUUUUUUUUCCCUCCCUUUUUUGUGUUGUUGUCACAUUAGUGCUGUGAAAUGAAUACCUGUGUGAUCCUCUGAAGAUUCAUCAUUGUACUGAUUCCUGGCAGACUUCAGCAAACUCAUAUCACAUAUCGCAAACCCCCUUGUAACAAUCUGUUCAUAGUAUUAAUAAAAGUCAGGGGUUAGAGCAGUUUCCUGAAGGUCUUACGGGUUUGAAAUAACAUGAGGGUGAGUAAUUAAUGACAGAAUUUUCAUUGUUGGGUGAACUAUCCCUUUAAAACAGACGGAAGAUAAAUUAUACAUAUUUAUUUUAUUUUGUUUUGUUCUUUUUACCAUUAUCAUGACUGUCCUUAACAACAAAGCAAAUCCCUUCCACUGUGGAUAAUUCUGCAAACACUGUUUCAUCCACCUCAGUGCCAGAGUCAUCUUCCACUGAAAUCUUGUUCACAGGGAUGGAGAACUUUACUCGACCGAGUGAUGUUUAAAAGCAACAUAACAUGGUACAUUGUUUAAAUGGCAAAAUAUAAUGACCACCACUUAAGGCUGAUUUAUACUUCUGCGUCUGACCUACGCUGGAGCCUCUGCACCAUAGGCUAUGCGUCUGUUUCGUUGUAUACGCGUCAACGUGAAUGCAGACCACUAGUAGACAGUGUCAACAGUCCCUCUUUUAUUAUCUGAGAAUUUAUGAUAAAACACACAUGAAAAACAGAAUGUAACAAUAAGAUGUUGUUUAACCAUUAAAACGAAUUAUAAAAAUGA